UAAUAAGUUACAAGUACUUAGAUAAAUUUAUCUAUGUUGAUAGAAAAAAAAUGCCAGAUCAGUUUGUUUAAUAAUAUAUUUUAUCCGUUUCCGGUGUCACUGCCGGCCCAGUUAUUCAAAACAAAAGAACUACAACAUUCCAAAUACGAAAGACUGAUUAUUUUAAACUAAAUAAGUGAACAAUCAUGGCGUGGAGAUUUAAAGCAUCAAAGUAUAAAAAUGCGGCGCCUAUCGUGCCCAAGCCCGAAGCUUGCAUUCGUGAUGUAUGCGUAGGUUCAUACCAGACUUAUGGGAACAACAUUUGUGCAUCUGCUGCCUUUAUGGCCUUCAACUGGGAACAUGUUGGAUCAAGCAUGGCUGUUUUGCCUCUGGACGACUGUGGCAGGAAAAGCAAGACAAUGCCUCUACUCCACGCCCAUUCUGAUACCAUAACCGAUAUGGAGUUUUCUCCGUUCCACGAUGGGUUAUUGCUGACCGGAUCUCAGGAUUCUUUGGUAAAAGUUUGGCACAUACCCCCUGAAGGACUUAAAGAGUCUCUGUCGACUCCGGAGUGCUCCCUCUCACAGAAGCAAAGAAGAGUUGAGAAUGUCGGCUUUCAUCCAGUUGCUGAUGGCCUGAUUCAUGUUGCAUCAGGACAUGAGUUGUCUCUGUGGGAUUUAACUCAGCAGAAGGAGGCGUUUGUAAACAGGGAUCAUUCUGAAGUUAUUCAGUCAACAUCUUGGAAGAAAGAUGGCAAGCUACUAGCAACAUCAUGCAAAGACAAGAAAGUGAGGAUAUUAGACCCGAGGGCCGCCGCGCCCAUUCUGGAUGUGGCCAACAGCCAUCAGAACAUCAAGGAUAGCAGGAUCGUGUGGUUGGGAGAUCAGGAUCGGAUAUUGACUACUGGUUUCGACUCAGCUCGCCUCAGACAGAUUAUAAUACGUGACGUCCGUAAUUUCUCUCAACCUCAGAAAACAUUGGAGCUUGAUUGUUCCACCGGAAUACUGAUGCCACUGUUUGAUGCUGACACCAAUAUGCUGUUUUUGGCUGGGAAGGGUGACACCACCAUACUAUACAUGGAGCUCACCGAUAAAGAACCAUAUCUAAUUGAGGGGUUGAGGCAUUCAGGAGAACAAACCAAAGGUGCUUGCCUGGUACCAAAGCGAGCUCUCCGGGUCAUGGAAGGUGAAGUCAACCGAGUACUGCAAUUGACCGGGUCUUCUGUAGUACCGAUAAUGUAUCAAGUACCCAGGAAGAGCUACCGCGAGUACCACGCGGACCUGUACCCUGACACGGCGGGCACGCUCACGUACCUCAGCGCCCCCAUGUGGCUGGACAGUCUGGAUCACCCAGUACCCAACAUUUCUUUGAACCCAGCGGAUAAUAACUGCACCCAGAUACAUCGCGGUGAUUUAGAUAAAGUAGUGAAGGCGAUUUUGUCAAUGCCGCCAUUAAAAAAGACCGAAGCCAAAAAGACUGCCGUGUCUCCUCGCAUCGAAGACUUGAAGCCGUUACCGAAGACUCUACCGACACCAGACCCAGAAGAAGACCGCAUCGAUUUCGUGAACGUUAAAGACCUCAUCAAAGGUAUGGAGAGGCAGACCAAAGAACCAAAAGAGACGAAUGGCUUCAGCAAGAAGAUCACGGAUAACGGACACGAGAACUCCACAAAGAGUUACGAGUGCGAACAAAACGAGACGACCGAUGAGAAGACUGGGAAGACCGAGAAGACCGUCGAUAAAUCGGACAGCAUCGAGUCCCCGGAGGGUUCCAUGUCGAGGAGCAACAGCCUGGUCAACGGCGCGCCGACCCAGGCCCCGAAGCCGCUGCCCAGGUCCUCCAUAUCCGAGCCCGGCUCUGCGGACGAGCCCUCUGAAGUUCCCAAACCCAAACCCAGGACGACCGCCUCUCAGAUAUCUGGAUACAAGCCCCGCCUGGGACCGAAGCCGUUCUCGGCGUCGUCGGGCAGCGAAGAGUUUUCGUUCGACAAGGUGUUCUCCGUGCCGACUGUGCCCGGACUCAAAUCUGAUGCAGUCACUUCACCGGCAUCCACGGAGGCGACCACCCCGGUCUCCGCACCGCUGGUGAAGGACUCGUCCGAAGAGAAAGAUAAGUCUCUCUCCCCGACUAGCGAUAUGGAUAAUCAGCCCAGCAAAGAGGAGUAUAUAAAUGGAAAAUCUGACACGAGUCUUGAAGAAGAGGUGAAUUCAUCUGAUUCCGGCUACAGACCGAAGACGCCCAGCACCGCGGAGAGGAGGAAGAUGUUCGAGUCCACUGAGUGCGGCGCGGGGGUGCAGUCGAUAGCGGACCGGCGCCGCGCCUACGAGCUGCGCUCCCUCAGCGCGCUGGAGCCGCCCCCCUCGCCCUCGCCCGCGCCCCCCUCCCCCGCGCCACUCAGACGUAGAGACUCGCUGAAGUCCCGCAAGAGUCCUGACCGGGAGGAGAAACGUUCUUCAGUACCUAACGUUACUACCAAGAGAACUUCAACUGUCUUCGGUAAAGUGUCCAAGUUUCGACAUUUGAAGGGCACGCCGGGACACAAGUCCACUCAAGUCGAGAACAUCAAGAACAUCAGCCGGCAGAUCUCCGGAGAGUGCAACGGAUUUUAUGCGAACGGCGUGCGGUGCGCCGUCCCGCUGGCGGGCGGGGGCGGGCGGCUCGGCGUAGUGGAGCUGCCCGCGGGCGCCAGCCCAGUGUCGCGCGGCGCCGCCCCCCCGCCCGGCGGCCUGCACCCCCCCGCGGUGCUGCAUCCCGCGGCGCUGCAGGACUGGUGUUGGGACCCCUUCAGGGACGACCGGCUCAUGGUCGCGUGCGACGACGGUCUCAUCAGGGAGUGGAUCAUACCAGAGAACGGUCUUCAAGAAUCAACAAACGAACCAAAUCGCAUAUUCUCGGCUCAUCCAGACAAAAUCUACAUUAUACGUUUCCACCCCACGGCCUCCGACAUCCUGACCACGGCCGCCCACGAUCUCACCGUCAAGAUCUGGGACCUCAGCGUCGACGAACCGAAGGCGGAAAUUGUAUUGACCGGUCACACCGAACAAAUAUACGCUCUAGACUGGUCACCCUGCGGAGAACAUUUGGCUACACUGUGUAAAGAUGGCUUAAUUAGGGUGUACGCCCCCCGCUCGUCUGCGUCCCCGCUGCGCAGCGGGGCGGGCCCGGCGGGGUCGCGGGGGGGCCGCCUGGUGUGGGCGCUCGGGGGGACGCAUCUAGUCGUCACCGGCUUCGACAAAGUGUCGGAGCGGCAGAUCCUGCUGUACAGCGCGACACAGCUGGAGGCGCCGCUGUGCACGCUGGGGCUGGACGUGUCUCCAGCUGUUCUGCAGCCUCACCUGGACCACGACUCCGCCACGCUGUUCCUCACGGGCCGGGGUGACUCCACCAUCUACUGCUACGAGGUGACGGGCGAGGCGCCGCACCUGUGCGCGCUGUCCCACCACCGCUGCGCCACGCUGCACCAGGGGAUCUGCUUCCUGCAGAAAAAUCUUGUCGCUGUCGAGAAGGUCGAAUUCGCUCGCGCUUUGAGACUUACGAAUGGCAACAUCGAGCCCCUGUCGUUCACGGUGCCCAGGAUAAAGAGCGAGCUGUUCCAGGACGACCUGUUCCCGGCGACGCUGGUGACGUGGCAGCCCUGGCAGGGCGCGCAGGGCUGGCUGCAGGGCCGCCCCGCGCCCCCCCGCCACCGCAGCCUGCAGCCGCCCGGCAUGCCUGCACUGUCGUCGCACGCGGCGUCGUCCCCGGCGCCGGCUGCCAAGCCCCCUCCGCAGAAGCCGAAGCCGGACCUCAUCAAGUCCCACCUGCCCACCGACCUCAAGGACAAACAAGAAACCAUUAUGAAAUCUAUGAGCGCCAAGGUCGAGGUCAACUUGAAACUAGAACAAGACAACAUGGAGGGUGUCGAUGAAUCCGAAUGGGACCAGUGAAUACCGCUCUGCCAACUAAAGUGCAAUCUAUAUUGUGAACUGACGUAAGAGUAUUGGAAUAAUUAAUAUCAACAUAUACGUAGGAAUAAUACGUAGAGUAGACCCUUAAUGGUUGAUGAUACCUUGGUAUAUUAAAAAAAAACACUUAAAAAAAACGACCAGAGAAUAACAGGAAAAUCGCUUUAACCAUUAAUAUUUGUUUUAGUCUGAUUGUCGUCAGAUACAAAAAACUCAACAAAUUUCAAUUAUUUAUUUAUUUUACGUUAUUAAGAUUUUUUGUUCAAGCAACAUUUGUAUUAUGUAUUUUUGCAAUGGUCAAAUGAGGCCUAUAUUAACACCAAUUUGGGGGUGAAAUAGCGAUGAAGUACCCUCUGUUUUUGGGUUCCACCCGGUCCUUACCAACUGCUAUGGACCAAAGAUAGUUGAUCUAUCUAUGUAGACAAGAUCUUAGAUGUGCAGACUGUACGUUAACCCAGUAUAUGGAGGCCAGACCCUAUGGACUUGUCAGUGUUCAUGUCAACGAACUCAGAUCGAAAUUUUUAAUUAAACAGGCAGAUAGUUUUUUAAUGUUAUUUCAAAACAAAAAGAAAAUAUAUAACAUAAUAUGAGUAAAUCUUGUGCAGUGAUACGGUUUAAGACUUGCCGCAGCAAAAUCUACUUUAAGAUAAUAGGGAAAGAAUUCUGAUUGGUGUUUGUAGUCUGAAGUAGAGGAGGGGCGGGUAGCGUUUAGUUUGGACAAACGCAUUCCCUAGCUUCCUCUCUGGGCGUUGAAUUUGAACCUUAUCAAUUUUGCAUAACAGUUGUUACCACACCCUGUAUAUAAGUAACAAAGGGCCGGUUUUGUUAUUUCUUAAACUAGUUCUGUGAAUUUUCGUGUAUCGUUUUUGUAACGCGUCUAAAAUAUAAGGUCAAUAACCUCAUCCAAUUUUAAUUUGUGUUACAUUGCGUUCUAUUAAAAGCCUUAAUAGAUUUUAGUUUUCGACCGUAUUCAUGUUAUUACAAGGGUCAAUAUACAAUAAACCGAUAAUUGCGGCAAGUAUUGUAACUAACUGUACUUGUGUUUAGAAACGACAUUGAACUGAAAGAAUUUUUAGUCGUUUUUGUGGCGAUUUUAUAAAAGUUUCCUUAAAAAUUGAGGACAUGAGUGGAUGAAGAGGAUGUAUGAUACAAUUUGUUUCAUUUUGAGAAAACGGACAAUAAACUUUUGUUACUUAUUUUUGAGAUAUUACGCGUUGGGACUGUUAGUUUUAUUGUUUUAAACGUGAAAUUAUACUACUUCCAUUUUUUUUACCAAUAUGGGGAUAUUAUUGUUUGGAAUUAUUUAAAAUUAAAGAACACGUAAAGUACCCAUGUAUUAUAACUUUCAUUCAACGUGAUAAUAUUUCUUCUUCGUACAUAACUCCAAAACAUGCAAUUUCUAAAAAUAGCCUUUAAACCCAGAGUUUUAAGGUCUAAUAUGGUUUAUAGGCACAUAACACAUUCAUUCAAUGUAAAAAUUCAAAAAUCUUAAAAAUGGUACUUAACCCCUUCAUCCACUUAUGUCUUCAAUUAUUUGAGGGUCGCGAGCGAAAGAGACAGCACUAGUCGUGCUUGAGGAUCUUAAAAUAUUAAUUUCCAUUCCCUUGGAUUCUUUAAAUCCCAAGAGGCACAGAGAGUUAUUUUCUGUUGGAAUUUUGUACCUACAGAUUUCAGACAAGCGUAUUGCUUACAUUUUAAUAUUUCUAUUAAAGAACUUAGAUAGUAAUUAUUAUUAUUAUUAUUAUAUUUAUAUUUCUAAAUAUCGGGAAUGUAGUGUCUUACUGAGGUUAAUUGAAUAUUCAAUACAGCCUGAAUUGAAAAAUAUACUCAAUGAAUUUAUAUAAUAUCGUUAUUAUUAAAUCACUUUAUAACUUUCAUAGAUUAACAUUUGCGACGUAAAUUAUGAAUAUAUAAUAGUUAAAUUAUUUUAUCGAGUUCUCGUAUUAGAUAAAAUAAAAUGAUAUAUAAAAAUUGGCGGUAUAUCUAAAAAAAUAUAUAUAUUUUAAACUGAUUAAUUGGCGUUGCGGAUGUCCGUGGGCCGUGUCGUCUCAGUUUCCAUUAGUUUGGACUACACAUUAUAGAUCCAUCGAGCUAAAAUCGAAUCUAUUAUGUCACUACAUGAAUAAUACCAUAAAUUAUUAUAUAUUGUUCACAAUGCAAUAUUUUUUUUGUAGACAGUAACAUUUUUCGUCACCAUACAUUCAUUCUUUUCUAACAGCCGAAGUGUGAGUAGGAUGGAACACUACGUCCCCGAAAAGCUUUAGAAAUGAAAAAAGUUUUCGUCACUAGUUUAUAAAAAUCAUUGUAAAGCUUAAUUAGUGUAAGUUUGUAUUGAAUUUAAGGCCACCUCGAUCUCCACAAAAUAUACCCAAGCUCUCCGUCAAUUUUUGCAUAAACUAAAGCGCCCCGUACGCAGUGUUUUGUCAAACAAAUUUGAUCGUCAAACUUUAAGUUUUCAUCAAAAAAUGGCUUAAACGAUCAAACCAAAGAUGAAAUAAGUUUGUUAACUUGCCCGUAGAUUCGGUUUUCUCUUCGCCGUAACGAGACGUCGUGUCGAGCAACGACUGAGAUCUUGUUUGACAAACACCCGCAUAUACUUCAAACUUGUUUGUCAAACACGCCGUCAAUUUCCAUCAAACACAUUAGACGUAGACACAUAGACUGUUUGACAAACGCCUCAAACAAAGCUGCAUACUGUCAAAUAAUUUAACAAACUCGUAAAAUUUAACAAACAAAUUGAUCGUUUACAGGGCGCUUUAGUUACCAAAUCACGAAUCACAAUCAAAAACAAAUCUAAAUCGAAUAAUAAAACAAAUGAUUGACAGUUUAAUUGCAAUUCUUAUUAAGACUGCAAUAAUUCAAAUUAUAAAGACGAAGAGAUAUAAAAUAAUAUUGAUUAAAAUUAAGUCAAAAACGCAUAGAAUAAUGCACCAUGGUUCUUGAUACUAUGAUCUCAUCCAACUAAUAUUGACUAAAUGUAAAAUUGAUUCAUUUAAUAUAAAAUUCUCAUUGAUGAUGUCAUUGAUAAGAGAAGCGGUAUUCUAAAAACGGAACGUUCUUGCUUUAGCCGCAAUGGAAUGCGUUUAUGUACGUUCGCAGUACAUUGCGGGUGCAUACAUUUAUAAGACUGUAUAGGAUAGUGCGGGGUACAUGAGUAUUGUGAUUUUGUUUUUUCCUAUCUAUUCUAGUAACCUCAAGGGGUUGUUAUUCUAGAUUCACCGAACUAGUAGGUGAGCUCGCGGGCUCAAACUUGACGUUGUUGCUAACACUGUCCCUAGCAAGAGCCGUGCUUCGCAGAAUCUACCACCGGAUCGGAACGCGACCCACUGAGAAGAUCCGUCGCGAAACUCAGUGGGCUGUAUCUGUGGGUUUGUGAUUAACGCGCAUGUGCUUCAAAGUGACAAUCGAAUGCAUUUAUAUAUAGCGAUUAGGACCGCUUGUUGGGUGCGCACGAAUAUCCAAAACGUACGUAAUGUAAUCGUGAAAUAAUUGGACUUAUCUUGCUUAAAAAAUAUAUUCAGAUGGUAGGACGUCUUGUGAGUCCGCACGGCGUACUGCCACUAUUUCUGCCUUGAAGCAGUAAUGCAGUUUCGAAUCGAAGGGUGGGUCUCCGGUAACCACUUAACACCAGGUGAGCUGUGAGCUCGUCCUCCCAUCUAAGCAAUAAUAUAACAAUUAAAUAACAAUAUAAAUGAUAAUAUGACACUCAAAAAUGGUAAUCACUGUUUAGCUAAGCAAUACAUAUGAUAUUAAUUUAUUGGGAUCUAUAAGAUGCUAUGUAUGAAUAUAAUACAUUACAAGUAACACAUACAAUAAAUCAAACUAAAUGCAAACCCAAGUACGAGUACUGAAUACUUUGCAAUCCCGAAACAAGAUUCUUUGUGUUAGUGAGUCUCUUGAAGUUGCUACCUACCGAGAAGGUCACAUCAGACUAACCCCGCUUAUUAUAAUUUGCGUUCCAUUGCGUUUUAGGAAAACCCCGUGCGUAAAUAAAAAAAAUGAUCUCUAUUUGUAUGCUUUAUCGGUAAUAUGACUGUAAGUGAGGGUGACUUGAAAAAUAAUCAGCCUUCGCGUAGCGUUUGUCUCAUUUUAAUGUCAAAAAUUUAAUAAAGUCAUGCUCAAUUUAAUGAAGCUAAUAAUACUACAACUACCCUCUUUUCGUGUAACCCGUGUAAUUAAUUUAUAUAAAUGAUUAAAAUAGAGAAUUUUGCUAAGAAAUUUUACAAUCUAUACAAAUAAAUAAAAUUGGAGUGUCUGUUUGUAAUAAUAAAAUAACCACAACAUUUUUUUUAAAUUUGUCUGUCUGUCUGUUUGUUUCGGCUAAUCUCUGGCUCGGCUGGACCGAUUUUUGACGGGACUUUCACUGAUAGUUAGCUGAUGAUAUAAAGAGUAACUUAGGCUACUUUUUUAAAACUAGCUUCGCCCCAUGGCGUCACCCGCGAUACGACAAUAGAGUAACAUCGCGGGACUCGGCUAGCUUUGUAAAUAAAAUGCAUUGUUUUGUUCGAGGAUAGGUUUACAUGAAUAAUACGCGUUUAGUGAUCGCUAGUUGCCAUACAACAUCACGUUUUUGCUCAAACCGCCAAAGAAGAAUACAUGUGAAAUUAUAAAGUAUAUAACACACAUAUAUAUAUAACACGAAAUUUUAUUUACACUUCUAUGUUUUACAAUUUUUAAUGACUGUAGUUAUUAUUUUUAUGAUGCAAAGUGAGAGACGACCAAUGGGAAUGUGGUGAACAAAUGAAUUCAGAAUGGGAAUGAUGAAAUUGGCAUCAAAAUAACUCAUAAUGUGUAUGAGAUAAUAUGUAUAUCAAAAAUGAAAAAUAAUUUCAAUCUGAUUGUAUUGAACGAAAUUAUAGAAAGGGAUGAUAUAUGUUUAUCAGGUCACUGGUAUAAUAAGAAAUAAACUUAGAAUUUAAUAUACUUUGGGGUGGGAUUUAUUAAUCUGCUAGUACAUAUGCUAUGUAAUAUAUCUACAUAUCUAUUAUGUAUACUGCUCUUAUGUAUUUAUAAAGAAUGUUAUUACUUUUGACUGAUUGUUUAUUUUAAAAAAAUAUGUGUACCAAGGGGUUUUUUUUUCAAGUUAAAAAAGUUAAAUCUACGACAAACAUUGUCAAAUUUGUACUGAAAUUACAACUCAAAUAACAUUUUUUUAAUUUUACUAUUCGUUUAAUUAUGACUUUGAAAUUAAUGUUCUUAGCCUUGUUAGAAAAACUUAGAUUUUUUUAGAUUGUAACUUUUGUGAUGCAUUUAUGAAACCCUUAAAAAUGACCCGUGUAUAAAAAAGCAUUUAUAAAAUACUAGCUGACCCGGCAAAGUUUGUGUUGCCUUAAAUAAGAUUUCUAGGGAAAUUCUAGUCUAAUAUAUAAAAUGCUCACAAACCUCAUUCAAUCACAUAAUAUAGUAAGCGGCACGUAAGUUGGCAAGGUUUUGGUGUAGUGGGGGUAAUGUCGCGCAUAGUGUACAUUGCAACAAAAAAAUGGUCACUUUUAUUUCCCGCAUAUAUGUUAAUUUUAUUUUAUUAAAUUUUUUAUUUGCCAUAAUUUAUUUUUAAGCCUGUGUGUUUAGAAGAAAUUUAAAGAAAAGAGAGGAAUUCGUGAAGUGUAUUAGGUGUUAUAAAUAAAAUACAAUUAAAAGUUAAAAAUUUUAUUUAAAAAAAUAUACUUAAUAUUAAAAAUUAUGUGUCGCCGUCGUCACUAUCAUUUUCUAAUAGUGCUACCCCUUGGAUUAAAUUUAUGGUAGCACCUGAGCUGGUGGAAGGAGUUGGCUCCUCAUCGUCGACAUAACGAAGAGUCGCUGUCGUCACUGGCGUAAAUAAUAAAACGCUCAGUGACUGAAUCGACUAUAAUUAUGGUCAUUGGUAUUUGGUCCUGCCAUUGCAAGCAAAUUUAAAACAAUAACACUCGUGACAAAAACUAAAUUUAAAACAGUAAUAACAACUCGUAACAAAAACUCAAUAUAAACAAAGGGUUCCUACAACUUUAGUAGGCGCAUGUGUAACCGGGAGCGAACGGAACGUGGACGCGGUGCGGGAGGGGAGGGUCGACUGACUUAUCAAUCACGCGCUCGGAACGCUGCUACGUCUUUCCCCGCGUCCCGCUUGACAACCAAAGAGACCUAAAAAACGACUUCUGCGCAUCUAGCGACUCUUGCCAAGUUACGUGCCGGGGACUAUACCUCGGGUGGACAUCCCUUAUCACUUAGGGGUAUGAAAUAUUGAUAGUAGCCGAUUCUCAGACCUACUGAACAUACUAUUGAUACACAAAUAAAACCAAAAAAACAUGGCUGGCAAGCUACGAUUGAACGAAAAUUUAGUUUUUAAUUAGCAAGUAAAAAAUAAGGGUUGAUCGUAGAAGGGUGAAAAUUGAGGAUUUUAUGUAUUUUUGUAUGUUGUAUCAUAAAAAAAUAGAAAUUAAAAUUUUGUCUAAAUUAAAAAAAAAAAAAUUUAGGGGUGGACUACCCCUAACAUUUAGGGGGAUGAAAAAUAGAUGUUGGCUGAUUCUCAUAGAUACCGGAUAAGCACAAAAAAUUUCAUCAAAAUCGGUCAAGCCGUUUCGGAGGAGUAUGGCAACGAAAACUGUGACACGAGAAUUUUAUAUAUUAGAUGUUAAUGAAUUUUGGUUGAAUAAAAUGUUUCAAUUGAAAUUAAUAUAAUUUAAUAAGAUACAUAUAUAUAAAUUACGGAAUAUGUUGUGUAAAAUAUACCAUAAAAGGUAUCGUUGAAUCUCUCUGUAUUAAAUAGAAAAAAAAUCUAUUUAAAAAUUAGAAGGAGGAGUUUUAUCAUACUGUAGUUUUCAUUCUAACAGCGACAUGGACCUUAAUGCUAAUUACUUAUAAUUACUUUAGUCUAUUAAAAGCAAUGAAAUUACAGCGAUAAAACAGUAAUAGAUAAUUUGCGUGGAAAAAACUAAACAGGUAAAACAAAGGUGUAUUAAAAUGAAAACAGAGAACCCAUACGGCUGAUUAGCCAAAUGUGACGUCAUGCCUUAUUGUUGUUUACCUUGACCUCAACGCCCGAGAAUAAUAUUAGAAUUAUAAAAUUUCAAUUGGUAUUUAAAAUAUGUCUUUAAUAUUUCAGAAAAAAUAGUUAAUUGGGUGAUCUUUUUCAUUAUACAUAAUAAUGUUUCUUAGCAUCGCCUUUGAAGUUUUUCUUCAUUUUUGCUUAGACGAAUAACAGGCUUUCGGAACAGGUCAAAAUAAUUUAAAACAUUUAUUAAUUUGACCGAAGCAGGUUUGAUUUAAAGUUUCAUAAUUUCAAAAAUUCAUUUGUUAAUAAAAAAAUAAUUGUUGAUAAAAUAGCAGAGUUUUUCAAAAAAAUUAUUUAGUCGAAGUUAUUCAUUCGUUUAACUGUAAAUAAAGUCAGGUUAUGUGCGUCCCUUGCUCUUCUGAGUGAGAGUUCUGUCUCCGUGGGAUCGGAUAUUUGGGUGGAAAAGUCACUGAGGAGUUGCUUACGGCUCAACUGAGAGAUACCAACGUUUUGAGGGGAGUUGAUUAAAUUUUCUAUAUAAAAAAAAUACUCAACGUAUGAGACUUUAUCAGACGAUUGAACAGAAUAUAAUUGUUUCAUUUUAUUCACUAGUCAUUGUUUGAAAAUAUUCGCUUCGUAUAUUUAUUUAUAGCGAUCUUAUAAUUUUUUUUGUAAACGCACCGAAAUCUUUAAGUGUGUUUGUAUUAAAUUUAAAAGAAAGUUAAUGCAUUUUUUUUAAAGCCUAGUUGGAUACGUAUUCGUAAUUGAUUUGUCGGCGGUGUAAGAAAUAGAAUAUGCGUCUUGGCUUUUUGCCUUAACUGAAUACAGGCGUCAGUUAAUUUGCCUGUAUAAUUAAUUUCAAAAGAGAUUACGUCAGGUAAAUCCUGACUCAUCGAAUAUUUUUGGUUUCCUUAUAACCGUUAAAACUUGCCGACAAAAUCUGCACAUAUCUUACAAAUACCAUUUAUACACGAUGCCACAUUAAAUUAUGUGUUAGACAAGGUUUGAUUCCAAAUGGCAAAUAAUCUAAAAAGUAAUUAAUUUUAAUGAAGAAAAACUUGAAGUUUUGAAGAAUGACGAAAGAGAUUUUCAAUGAAUUUUUGCACAAAUAGCACCUGGUUGUUUUAAAAAGUUGUGUAGUGACAAUAAUGAAUUUGAAAUUAAAACGAUACCUUCCAGAAUGCUUCAAGAUUUUUGCUUCAAGAUGAAAAUAUAUAUCUGUGCCAAUUUAAUUUCUAAAUGAAAGAAUGUAGAUUUACAUUGGCCUAGUCACUUUGCCGAUCUUUUUCUUUUGAAGACUUAAAAAUAAAUUUACCAGUUUAGAAUAAUUAUGUGUAUGGAGUUUGGGGACGAUUGGAAGGUUCGGUCCUAGCAACGUCACUAGGGCCCAGUGUGACUGCAUGUGUUAGUCGUAGGCGAAGUUUUUUUCUAAAUUAAAAUAGUAAUGAUGUAGCGAUUAAUAUUUACAAAUAGAAAUAUAUGAAAACGUUUCUACGUAUUUAUCUGGUAAAUUUAUUUUUGUUAUAUAAUAAAAUGUACUUUUUUUUCUCACCCCUAAUGUAAUAUAUCGAAUGAUAUGUGUGAGUGCGUGUAAUCUUUGUGUAUUUUUUUUAAUUAGUGUAAACCUACAGAUAUCCUAGUUUUAAGGCUCAAUAUUUGGAGACAUUUUAAUUAUUUUGCAUUUUUUUAUUAAACUCUUGCUGAAUAUAA